GCAUGAGUGGAAACUGGUCAUGAAAUAUGCAGAAAGCUUGGGCUGUUAUUAGUCUCAUUCUGACUUGUUGCGUGCUGCUCUAUCUAGUGCUUUGGAUGAAUCUCGCUGAACAGUUUCACAGCAAAACUGUCGUCAUUGCUGCAUUGAUUUUAUCACAACUUGGAACUACUAGUUUGUACAAAAGUGAAAAUCUAAUUUACUCCACUGAGCAAGAAAUCAACAUAACACCUAUUCCGGUUCUCUAUAAGAAAAAUUUUACAAAACUUCCAGUGUGGGAUUUUGAAGAUGUUUAUUUGCGAAACAAUGAAGCAAGAAAACCUACCUGUCCAAAGUCCCUUCAAAACACAGAGGAUCCCAAGUUCAAGGAGGCUGUUCUUCCUGACGUUCAGCUGUGGCUGUACAAAGGUCUACUCAACGUAGCAGAAUGGAAUCGAUUAGCACACUUCAACAAUCCCUUCGGCUUCAUGGAAUACAAGUACAAUGAGGUAAAAAGAGCAGUGGAUUUGAUACCAAAGCCUAAGUCAACAGGAAUACUGCCUGUGCCUGAAAGUUCAAAGGAUGACUGUAUCCGCUGUGCUGUUGUGGGCUCUGGUGGCAUUCUCAAUAACUCAAAGAUGGGCAAAGAGAUAGACUCCCAUGAUUAUGUUUUUCGAGUAAAUGGGGCUGUUACUCAAGGUUACGAGGAGGAUGUUGGAAAUAGAACAUCAGUUUAUGUACAUACAGCUUUUUCCUUAUAUGCCAACAUUCUGAUGUUAAAAAAGUACGGCUUUAACAGUAUUCCACAAGAUGAGGGCAUCAAAUAUGUAAUGAUCCCUGAAGGCCUGAGGGACUUUGAGUGGAUCCAAGGCCUUUUGCAGGGAAAAGCAACCAAUGGGUCAUUCAAGGGUGUGAGGCCACUGAAAUAUUUCGAAGGGAAAUUUAACGAGAGUAGAUUCUAUGUUCUUCACCCUGACUUUCUUCGAUACAUUCGCAACAGAUUCAUGCCAUCCAAACAAAUGCAGGGCAUUCACUGGGCAAUGUACAGACCGACCAAUGGAGCGUUUGCUUUGUUCUUGGCUCUUCACACAUGUGAUAUUGUGGACGCCUAUGGAUUUAUUACAGAAGACCACCAUAAGUACUCCAACUAUUAUUAUGAAACGUUAAAAAAAACCAGUGUAAUUUUCUUUAUUAACCAUGACUAUGGCCUGGAGAUAAAGACUUGGAAGAAACUGCAUGACUCUGGAAUCAUUAGACUUUUCCAAAGACACUAACACAUCAAAAACAGAAGAAGACUCUGUUCUGUCAACAGGUGUUGUUUUAAA